GCAGAUGUAUUGCCUCCAAUACAACAAGCUGUCCAAAACAGCAAUUUCAUAACCACCAGCAGUUCUUUGAGGCCGUUAAUUCACGUCACACCAGUUCUUGACAAAGGUAUUGCUUCACAAGAUGAUUUUGGCAGCAUCCAGUCUUCUGAAGGAAGUAUAUCAGAAGAAAUGGGUCAUGAUUCAAAAUCACAGUAUCCAAGACUUCAGUUAACAUCUAAAGAGAAACAUCUUCUUGAAAAAGAAGGUGUCCGACUGUCUUCUCAUUAUCCUCUCACAAAAGAUGAAGAGCGUGAACUCAAAAAGAUUGGAAGAAAAAUCCGUAAUAAGAUAUCAGCACAGGAUUCACGCAAGAGAAAGAAGGAAUACUUAGAUGGCUUGGAAGAGAGGUUAACAAACCAGGAUGUGGAAAUGGUCCUCCUGAGUACAGAUACAUCAACAUGCAUAUAGAAAACCGCA